GUGUGAGUCGUCACUCGUGUGAGGCUUCUUAGUAAGAUCCCCUCAGAGGGUAAAGCGGUCCAAAGGAAAAGAAACAGAGAAGGUUAGAAGUUAGAACCAGGGUGUAGAGGAAGACGGUUAGGAGUAGUGACUUCCCCAGCGGUUCCUGAAUUCUUCCUCUUGUUUCUGUGAAGUCCUAUCCAGGUACCUAAGAAACAAUCAGUCUAAAUGUCAGCCCUUCGAGCUUUCUGGAACAGCCCAGUGGGUCCUAAAACAACUCAUUUUUGGGGCCCUGUUGCUAAUUGGGGUUUUGUUGUUGCUGGAUUGGUAGACAUGAAGAAACCCCCAGAGAUGAUAUCUGGCAACAUGACUGGAGCAAUGUGUGUUUAUUCAGCAUUGUUCAUGAGGUUCGCCUGGAUGGUGCAACCCCGCAAUUAUCUUCUUUUGGCAUGCCAUGCCUCCAAUGAGACAGUGCAGCUCUAUCAGCUUUCUCGUUGGGCAAAGGCUCAGGGGUACUUGGACCAAAAGAAAGAGGAAGCUAAACAGCAGUAGCUUGUAGAUGAUGCUUCUUUCCCCCUUAAGUGAGGAUGGGCUCAUGCUUGAUCUUCUGUAGGCACUCUAUAUGGAUGGGUCUUGCUUCUCUUUUAUAGAAAAUUGGUCUGACACAUUUUGGGUGGAAUCGGAUUAUUCAUGAUAUGGCCCAUUUUAUUAUAUAAAUUGUGCUUCUUGUAAACGUUCAAAUUUUGUUUGGCAUGAAGGGUGAACCAUAACUAGAGAAUUCAUCGGAGAAAAAUAAAGAUGACCAUGCUCUUUUCAGCCUCA